UGUGCCACUCCAUUGCGCUUCGCUACUACUACAGGUCGGUGCGGAUCAAACACCUUGCAGUCGGUUCAGAGCCAUUGAGAAAAAGGGGGUCUCUCUCGCAUAUGGUGGAGUAGGCUACAUCGGGGGGCCUUGGAAACCACCUGGUUUGGAAUAACCCGAUGGAAAUUGGAGGACGGGGGCCUUGCGAAGUCCGUCUCGAGGAGGUUUUCAUGGAGCGUUGAGAUUAUUAUUAUGUGGUGGCUUGCCUUAAUGAUGUUUACAUCUCCGGCUUUUCCAUUCAUCGUGUUUGUGUGCAUGGGGUUAUCCGAGGCGGUUCAUUCCUACGAUGCGCUGCCUUUAGUAAUAAGGAAAUCUCGUUCAAUCGCCGAAGAGCAUCCUAAUACGAGCGCGAACGGGGUUCCAGGGUACCGGCUCGGUAUUGUCGCAUUAACACCAGCGCCCACGAUCGCGUCCGCCAGAAAACCGAUAAAUGUCGCCGCACCAGCAGCCACCAUUAAACCACCAACAGCGGAGCCCACCACCCCAUCCCUGUCUAAUCCCAGCUACAUGGCCGCAUUUGCUCGGAGGAAGCUCUGCUCUGUUGAAACACAUAUGAAAGAAUCGCAGAUGUCUGAUAAUAAAGCGGAAAGAUCGGGCGUCGUGCCCGACUUUAGCAAAACAUCUGACAAUUCUCAAGAGCUGGUGUGUAACUGCAGUGGUGAAGGAGUGUCGGACCCUGACGAGUGUGACCGUGAGACGGGUCAGUGUGACUGUAUGCCGGGUUACACUGGGCUGCAGUGUGACGAGUGUGAGGAAGAUCACUUCACCAACGGCACCAUCGGCUGCCUGCCCUGCGCAUGUGACUCCUUCGGUGCCGACAGCUCCAGCUGUGACAGCUCAGGGCUGUGUAAGUGCAAGACAGGUGUAUACGGGCCCAAGUGUGACGACUGCCACCCUGGAUUCUUUCACUUCAGCAGCACAGGAUGCCAACCGUGCCAAUGCAACAACCACUCUACCUACUGCCACCCUCAGUCAGGUAUUUGUUUGGACUGUCAGGACAAGACUCAGGGCCACAACUGUGAGGAGUGUCUGCCCAACUUCUACCGGCAUCAUGGUGAGGGGUCUUCGGACACCUGUCUGCCUUGUCCCUGUUCCUCCGAGAGCUCCAGCAGCAGCUGCCAUCUCGAUUCCAGUGGACGACCUGUAUGUGACCAAUGUAAGCCUGGCUUCUCCGGCCCGACAUGCAACGUGUGCACGGACGGUUUAUUUAAAUCCGCAGGCGUCUGUGUGCCCUGCGACUGUAAUGGGAACGCCGACCCUCGCUCCAUGCCACAAAUCUGCCACCCUGAGACUGGCCACUGCCACCACUGCAUCAACCACACAGCGGGAGCACACUGUGAGAUCUGCACUCGUGGAUACACGGGGGACGCCCGCUACCACAACUGCACCCUGAGAGCUGUGAGAAUCCUCCCGACUCAGGACAUCAAGACCUCCACUGCAGAAAUCCCCAAAUCCACAAGUUCUAUUGCUUCUACACCUGCUUCCCGCCUCCUCACUUCCUCCUCUUCCCCUACCACCCACCCAAGCCUACCGACCCUUCAGUCCGACACGGGAGACUCCUCAGGACACAACAGCACGGCCUCUGCCCUGACAGUAGUGUCCUGGACGCAGUUUAACAUCAUCAUCCUGGCCGUCAUCAUCGUGGUGGUCGUUCUCCUCAUGGGCUUCGUCGGAGGCGUGUAUAUGUAUCGUGAGUACCGCAAUCGGAAACUCAACGCCCCGUUUUGGACCAUUGAGCUGAAGGAAGACAACAUCAGCUUCAGCAGCUACCACGACAGCAUCCCGCACGCUGACCCCAAUGGACUCUUGGAGGAGGAGCCAUGUGUGGUCGCGGCCAAUGGACAGUUAGCGCUCGCCACUGCCGCCAACAUGUACAAAGCGUGAAGUCGUCGGUAUGAUUGUAUCUUUUCUUAAAGGGAUAGUUCAGCCAAAAAUGGACAUUCUGUUAUAAUUUUCUCAUUCUCAUG